AUGUCAACUUUUAAUUUUCAUAUUUUCAGGCGAUUAUCGAAGACCGUGUCCCUUGGUCAGCUCCUUUCCUUGUGCCUUUGCGUUUCCGCUGUAACCAGCAAGUAUCUCUCGUUAUUCGGCGUCGAUACCCCUACGACUCAGAGUUUCCUCACUUACUUCUUGCUUUGUUUCGUGUAUGGGACGAAGCUGGCCUGUCGUACGUCGGAUAUUGGUCUUAUCGACGUGUUCCGUAGUCGCGGCUGGAAAUACUUCGUUCUGGCCUUCAUAGACGUUGAGGCGAACUUUCUGCUGGUAAAAGCGUAUCAGCAUACAAGUCUCGCUAGUGUACAGUUAUUGGACUGCUUCACCAUUCCAGUCGUGUUGAUUUUGUCGUUUAUAUUUUUGAAGAUACGUUAUCUGUUGAUUCAUAUUGUGGCCGUUACGAUUUGUUUAAUCGGAAUCGGAUGCCUCGUUUGGGGCGACAUUGAGUUGGGCAACUUCUUUUCGUCCGGUAAGCCAAUUUUUUAA